AGGGUCUAUAUUUAGUUGUCGUCUGGUCGUCUUUGUAAAAGUUGAUCUUGGUUGAUGCUAUGUAGGCAUGCGAUGUUCGAGUAUAUCAUGGGUCAGCACUGGCUUGAACUGGAGAGCCUCUCUACUUUCCCAGAAUACUUUGUACGUGAUAUUCGUCACUGCUCUCACGUAUUUGUGUGAGGAAAGGAAGACUAGACUGGACAAUAAAUGCUCUGCUAUUAAAGAGGUAGAAGAGUUGACACAUAGAUUAUCAUAGAACUGGACUUGGUGUUUGUCUCCAGACUGAAUGAUUCAGAGCAACACUCUUAAAUAUUAACACCUUUUGUAACAGUCAAUGGCAGGGCAAGUCUUAGCAUGAGAAAUGAUUAGGAUUACUUAAACAUGAUCUCGUCAAAGUUAAAAAAUGCAUAUACGUAUGAUGUUACCAACAGAACCUGAGUUGAUAUUCGCCGACAGAAGUACAGAACUAACAAACUUUUCUAACAAUAACACUGACCUGAACGAAACACAGUUUAAACUAGCACCAUCCUCAUCUCUUUCUACCGCCACGCCACUGAUCGACCUAGUCACCACCGCGGCGACUUUCAUCUCCUGGGGCACCUCUGAGGUCAUCGGCAAAAACACAACAUACGCCACCACUGCAAAACGCUCCAUCUGUGGGGUGAGCUACAACAUAGACGUCAGCAGGGUGCCCUACCCAAGGUCAGUCUCAGAGGCAUCCCUAUGGGAGGUGGUGGUCAAAUGUCUGCUUGUUGGGGCGCUGAUGCUGAUGGCGGUGGUGGGUAACCUGCUGAUCAUUGUGAUCGUGAGCACGUCCAAGAAGAUGAAGACCACCACCAACUACUACAUCGUCAACCUGGCCGUGGCCGAUCUGCUGGUGGCCUGCUUCCCCAUGUGGAUCUACGUCAUCGCCGAUGUCACGGAAGGAUGGAUUCUCGGCGGAUUUCUCUGUAAAUUCAAUGCAUUUGUUCAGACUUCUGCUAUAACUGCCAUCUCUCUGACCAUGAUGGCUAUAGCUGGGGACAGAUUCUUUGCCAUUGUGUAUCCUUUGAAGGCCAGGGUGACCCAAAGGAAAGUCCGCUUGGUUGUUUUCUUUGUCUGGGUCUGCUCCCUGGCCAUCGCAGUUCCGCCUCUAAUUGUUUAUAAUUAUUACGAACGUCGGUGGUCCAACUAUCUGGAAACAUUUUGUCACGACAUCUGGCCGGCCAGGGAAAGAUCAGAUGGUUCGUGCGAUCAAGGAAUAAUAGCCGAGCGUGUCUACUGGGCGGUGGUCAUCUCAGUGCUCAACUGGAUACCAAUGGUUAUGAUGACCAUCAACUACGCUGUGAUCAUACAUCGCCUGCACAGUACUCGAGUGGUCAGUACAAACAGUGGGAGUCUGGGAAUGUCCAUCAUUCAAAGACGCUCUGCUAAAAAGGUGGUGAAGAUGUUGUUUAUUUUGUUACUGACUUUUAUCGUUUGUACGGUACCAUUCCAAGUAGUGACAAUCUAUGAAAAUUAUAAAGACAGAAUUACAAAGCUGCCGUCCUGGUACCACCCAGUGUUUUUUACAGCCGUGACCUUGAUGUACGCCCACAGUGGUAUUAACCCGGUGAUGUAUGGUGCCAUGAACCAGACUUUCCAAGAAGGCUUCAAACAACUUCUGAGAAGAAUUGGAAAACAUAAGCGUAAAUCAAGUCAAGCUCAGGGCAAAUGUACGGCUCUCCCCAGGCCUAGAAUCUGCGUGGUCAACAAUGGCAAGAUCGACCUUGACUUUACAUCCUCCAUAAGUCAUCUGAUUGAAUCCAAGAGCAGUCCGACUACACCGUACAAGACUUUCUCCACGUCUGCCUCAAGUCCGAGAUAAUUAUCUUACUGUCUUAUGUGGUGAUGGCAUGACCAACAACUGAAUGCACCACACAGUAGAUCUACCGACACCACGGGGGUUGUUUUUAAAGUCCUUGACAAAUCAAUGAACAAAAACUGUUUAUACUUUUAAUUAAAUUCCUAAUAUUUCUUAUCUUAUAUCUCAUUAGCUUAUUAUUUUGGAUAAUAUACAUUUUAAAAAGGCAUUUACUAUAAAGUUUUAUAAUUGUCUAUCGUUUAUAUCCGUUCUAAAGAUACUUUUUAUUUUUUUCCAUGAAAUGCCUAAUAUAGAAAUAGAUUAAUGAAGUUUAGAUUUUAAAAAAUAAGUCGCAUUUAGCAAAAUAAAAUUUACUAAGCCCAAAGAAUAACUUUAAGAAUAAUAGAAUUGUAAAUACCAAAGCUGUAAAAACACAGUCGACAUUUUCAAAGGCCAAACAAACUUUCUUCCCAAACACCGUUUUGUUUGUUUCACAAGUCACAGUAGUUCCAGGAGCGAUCAUUACAUCCCAGUCCCUACACGGGGUGACGUCAGGCUGGGUGAGAACUCGGGACCAUCGUGCUUACAGUCCGAAGCGCGUUCAAUAAGACCAGGCAACCAUCCGAAAAGACGCUAUAUAGUUCUUUCAAAUACAAAUCCUAAGUUUAAGUUGAAGAUCAAGUAACAACAUUAGUUCUUUGUUAGACCUGAGGGAAGUGCCCAACACUGAGGAUGUUGUUACUAGUCAACACACGUUUCUGUUCUAGUAGCCUCAUUUGGUAGUGUAGUAGUAGUAUAUUUGGUAGUGUAGCAGUAGCCUCAUUUGGUAGUGUAGUAGUAGCAUAUUUGGUAGUGUAGCAGUAGCCUCAUUUGGUAGUGUAGCAGUAGCCUCAUUUGGUAGUGUAGUAGUAGCAUAUUUGGUAGUGUAGCAGUAGCCUCAUUUGGUAGUGUAGUAGUAGCAUAUUUGGUAGUGUAGCAGUAGCCUCAUUUGGUAGUGUAGCAGUAGCCUCAUUUGGUAGUGUAGUAGUAGCAUAUUUGGUAGUGUAGCAGUAGCCUUAUUUGGUAGUGUAGCAGUAGCCUAAUUUGGUAGUGUAGCAGUAGCCUCAUUUGGUAGUAUAGCAGUAGCCUCAUUGGGUAGUGUAGCAGUAGCCUCAUUUGGUAGUGUAGUAGUAGCAUAUUUGGUAGUGUAGCAGUAGCCUUAUUUGGUAGUGUAGCAGUAGCCUCAUUGGGUAGUGUAGCAGUAGCCUCAUUUGGUAGUAUAGCAGUAGCCUCAUUUGGUAGUGUAGCAGUAGCCUCAUUUGGUAGUGUAGCAGUAGCCUCAUUUGGUAGUAUAGCAGUAGCCUCAUUUGGUAGUGUAGCAGUAGCCUCAUUUGGUAGUAUAGCAAUAGCCUCAUUUGGUAGUGUAGUAUUGAAAUAUUUGUUUCUUAGUCAUAUGGUAGGUAGUCAUAUGGUAGGUUUUAAAUAGUGUUAAGCGCGUCCGCGCUGCGUUUAAUGCAGAUAAAUCAAACGCGGGUAACACUCAAAUAACGAAAUCAACUAACACGGACGAAAGACCGACAAAAUAAGUUAGUCGAUGCUAGUCGCGAAUGUCGAAUAAGUUGAAUAAUAUAACGAAGGGAACGGUCGAAUGUCGACAAGCUAAAUCUCUACGAUUAUAAAAAAUCAUCUCUCUCUCUCCAAAUAGCUGUCAAAAGUAGUCUGUUAACGUUUCGCUAUUCUUCUUAAAAUCCUGUUCUUGUUUUUUUACUAGUCGCGUCAUUGUCAAAACUUCUAUUUACAACACCAAUAACUGAUUCCUAAUCGUACCAGAACACUGGCUACUACUAUAACACAUAUUUACCAAAUACAUUGUUAAAUCUGUUUUAUUUUUACAAACGUUGAUUUUUAGCGACCCGAAAGAGGAAAAGACGCUAUUAGUUUUGUGUGGAAUGUCUGUCCGUCCGUAAGUCCGUCCGUCUGUCCCGUUUAGAUCUCGUAAACUAGAAAAAGUGAAAAUCCGAUAUCAUAAUAUUUUAGACCAUUCAAAAUUAUGAUGCAAAGGCUACUUGACAAAAACUAAUUUUAAAAUCACUUACGCAAGCAGUUUUUUCAUAAAAAUACAUUACUUUUACAACUAUUCACUGUUAAUAGUAGUAGGGGAGAUCACUAUUUACCAUAUAUUUUACACAUUUAUGCAAAUGGUUUAAGUUUUUUUGUAAAAAAUAUUUUUUUUAUAUAAUUGUAUUGCUAAGUUAAGUAAGUUCUGUCACACUAACUAUUACAUUUACACACAAAAAAUGUUUACUUUUUUUAAAGAGAAAAAAUCUAUCGAGUAUGCAUAUAAGUUGGACAUAAUUAAAUACAACAAUUAUUAAGUAGCUUUUCAUAUUAUCGCGUGAACUGUAGUAACGCUACAUAUACACAGAACCUGUAAGUAAAGGGAAAAUUUUUUUUUUUUCUUGAGGAUUUGAAUAAGAGAUUGACCCUUUACAAAACAAUUAAAUCAAUUAGAUAUUCUUUAUAUACUUUAGGCCAGGUUCACAUCUAACUUCACAUUCACUUUCACCUAUUCUUUGGUCUGCUGGGGCACGACACAGGAUCUUUCAACCUUCUUUCUAAAUUCUUCUCUGUCAUUUGUCUUUGAUAGAAUUUCAUUCUGAUGUUUCUGAAAAUAUUGAAACCUGCCAUUUUACCUGCCUGGGUGGACCACUUCGGGGGCCGAAUUUGAGUUUGUAUUUCCACACAAACUUCUUUGUAACCUUGUUUAAAUUAAUAAUUGCUAGUAUCUUAUAAUAUCUUAUAAGAUUUCUCUAGUUCUAUAACUAUAGACUAUGGUCCAGAUUCCUCUAGAGGAUCAGCCUAUUAUCAAUGAUAACAAUGGAUUUUUUUGCAUUCAUUUGAUUUAUUCAUAAUGUCCACUUGAGUUUGCAAGUCAAAGGACCAGGCAGUGUGAGAGUCUAUGUUCUCGAGUGGUUUUGUGUGAUGUUUCUUUGAAAGACCUUCGUCAAUUGUGAGCAAUAUCGUUGGGGUCUUGUCAAUCAGCCAUGGAUCGUAGCUCUGUUUGUAUUGAAGGAAUGAUUCGUUCGUAACAUUAGCGAUCAACUGCUGGUCCUGCUAGCC